AUGAGAGAAGACUCAGAUUACGUAUACGUUUUUACUAGAAGUCCAACUUUAUUCAACAACCGUAACCACAAUAAUAACAAUAAUAUCAUACCACCACCUCCAAGUUAUGAAGAAGCUAUUGCAAUUUCUAUAAAUCCUUCUUCAGUCAAUAUUACACCAGCAGCUCGAUCCGCCAUGAAUGAACUUGAGCAAAUUUCCAUCAGUCACAACGAAACAACUGAUAAUAAUCCGAAAUCAAAUUUUGAAUGUAUUGAAGAUGUUCCUCUUCUUAAUCAAUUUGAUGUAAAUAAUUAUAAUAUUGGUAGUAGUAGCGACCAUAAUUGUAAUUUACCACCAGAAUAUACAGUAUCAGAUGCAGAAUUUGAAACUUCAGACCAAGGUGUUACGUCUCUUGAUUCAAAGAUAAAUAGUGAAGUUGAAUCUUUACAUAGAUUUUUCAUUGCACAUAAUGAUAAACCUCAAAUGGCUAUAAAAAUUCAUGGUUAUUAUACAAAUUAUGAAACAGAAAAUUACAGUUAUACAGAUUCGAAUGGACAAAUUAAAACUAGUUCUAGAACAAAAGAAAUAGAAGUUACAGAUUUUAAAUUUACUUUCGAUCUCACAAAUUAUAUUACGCCUUAUGGAAAAUUACAUAUUAUACCCAAUAAAAAGUAUCUUAAUAUGGAUAUUAUGGAAUUUUUGAGAGAAUAUGUUGAAAAUAAAAAUUUAUUAAAGGAAAUUGAAAUGAGAAAGGUGGUAAUUUGGGAUUAUGAUUCUUUAACUAAAGCAAUCUCAUCCGUUAUUCGACAACAAGGAUAUAAUAAUACUCUUCGUAUAACUUAUCCCAUACGCAAUUAUAUAGUUAAAGUUCAAUCGGAUCAUAAAUUUUCUAAAUUAAUGAAAAGUAAAUGGUUUAAUAUUCUUUGUAUAAUUUCUUGUCUUUGGAUAAUUCUUUGGCCUUUAACUUGGUUAUAUAAGAAAUCUUAUAAAGAUCAAUUAAGAAGUGAUUUUCAAAUAAAUAUUAGUCCUCGAGAUUGGUUUCAGGCUAAUGUGGAAAAUAUUAUAUCUAAUGUACAAUGGCGAUAA